GCGCGGGGGGCGCCAUGGGCUGGGCGGCGGCGCGGGGCCGGCUGGCGGCGGGGCUGCUGGUGAACCUGGCCGCCUCCAUCUGCAUCGUCUUCCUGAACAAGUGGCUGUACGUGCGGCUGGGCUUCCCCAACCUCAGCCUCACCCUGGUGCACUUCGCCGUCACCUGGCUCGGCCUCUACCUGUGCCAGGCGCUCGGCGCCUUCGCCCCCAAGAGCCUGCGGCCGCGCCAGGUGCUGCCGCUGGCGCUCAGCUUCUGCGGCUUCGUGGUCUUCACCAACCUCUCCCUGCAGAGCAAUACCAUCGGCACCUACCAGCUGGCCAAGGCCAUGACCACGCCGGUCAUCGUGCUCAUCCAGAGCCUGGCCUACGGCAAGAGCUUCCCGCUCCGCAUCAAGCUCACCCUGCUCCCCAUCACCCUGGGCGUCUUCCUCAACUCGUACUACGACGUGAAGUUCAGCUUGGUGGGGAUGGUGUUCGCCGCCCUGGGCGUGCUCGUCACGUCGCUGUACCAAGUGUGGGUAGGAGCAAAGCAGCAUGAGUUGCAGGUAAACUCUAUGCAGUUGCUGUACUAUCAGGCACCAAUGUCCUCUGCUAUGUUGUUCUGCAUUAUACCCUUCUUUGAGCCAGUCUUUGGAGAAGGGGGCAUAUUUGGGCCCUGGACACUUUCUGCUGUGAUAAUGGUACUGCUGUCUGGUAUAGUAGCGUUUAUGGUAAACUUGUCCAUUUACUGGAUCAUUGGAAAUACAUCACCUGUCACAUAUAACAUGUUUGGACAUUUCAAGUUCUGCAUCACCCUCCUGGGAGGGUGCCUCUUAUUUAAGGAUCCAUUGUCUGUAAAUCAAGGCCUUGGGAUUCUGUGCACAUUGCUAGGUAUUUUAGCUUAUACCCACUUCAAGCUUAGUGAACAGGAAGGCAGUAAGAGUAAAUUGGUUCAGCGUCCAUAAAGCAAAGUUUUCUGGAGAUUAAUAACAUUGUGAGGGAGAGCAAACAUUUAAAUGCAUUGAUUUUUAGAAUGCACAAAAUUGCUUCAUUCAGUUAGAACUAUUUUUAGUUUAACUGCCAGGACUGUUAUUCUAUAACUAAACACAGCAAAUUAAAUUAUGUAAGAUGCUGGGGUUUUGUCAUCUCAGUCCAUCUCACUGUUUUCAUUAAAUGGUAACUUAAAAAAAUAAGAAAAUCAUACAUUUAAAAUUGCUAUGGAAAUUUUGCAGAAGCAGUUAUGAUUUUUGCAUAUUAAAUGAGAUCAUUAUGGCUAUACUUAGAGAGAGGGAGCCUUGCUCUUGUGCUCAUGCCAGUAUUACUGUUAUGAAGAAACAUGGAGGCACUUUCAUGCAGAUGUGCUAGUAUGUAAAGAUGCUUGCUCCUUUUUGUCUGGUAAAUGAUGAAGAGGAAACGUGCUUUGUUUAGUUGCCUUAAAAAGGGCCACCAAACUCAUUCCUAAUUCUUGUAUGCUUUUUUAUGUACAUAUUUGGCUUCAAUACAGUUAUAAAUUUCGAAUGAAAGUAUUAGAUAAAAUUACUAGUGGAGUGAGAGUAGAGGAUACAUUGCAAAACUUGAAGCCACAGGCCAAAUGGUGGAAAAGUAGGGAAUCAGAUCUAAACAGUUAAUCAUAAAUUUUUCUUUUGAUCUGUCAGGACAUUAACAAAGUCAUUCAUGUCUUAGAAAAACUGUUAUUACUUUAUAAUUUUCUUUAUGCCAAAACCAGGGAUUUUCAUGAGAUCUUGUAAGUACUUGUGAGCCUAAUAAAAUCUCUGAAUCUGUGGUAAUUGCCAA